AGGGGUACUUUGAUCCAUGCCACCCCGGAAAACGCCGUGCAGGUCCAGGAAGAUGCGCUGCUGGGAGUUGGACCCGACGGAAAGAUUGCCUUCAUUGGAGAAGGCAAAGACCUUCAUCGACUCUCUCUUGAGUUUGCAUUCAGUCCAUCAACAGUAACGCACCUGGAAAAACAUGAAUUCUUCAUGCCGGGAAUGGUGGACACCCACAUCCACGCCCCCCAGUACAGCUAUGCCGGAACGGCCCUGGACAUGCCUCUCCUCGACUGGCUAAAUAAAUACACCUUUCCGGUGGAAUCACGAUUUAAAGACCUUCGUUUUGCUCAGGAGGUCUACACUCGAGUUGUGAGUAGAACUCUGAGAAACGGAACAACCACCGCUUGUUACUUCGCCACGAUACACACAGACGCCUCUCUCCUGCUCGGCCACAUUGCAGACAAUUUGGGACAACGAGCUUUGGUGGGUAAAGUGUGUAUGGACAGGAACAAUGCAGUGAAACAUUACAAAGAAACAGUUCAAGAGUCAUUGGAAGAAACCCGUCGGUUCAUCACUGAGCUUCUGGAGAAGAAGUAUGCUCUGGUAAAGCCCGUGGUAACGCCUCGCUUUGUCCUGUCGUGCUCUGGAGCCUUGCUGGGACAACUGGGACAACUUGCCAAGAAUAACAACCUGCAUAUUCAGAGUCAUAUCAGUGAAAAUGUGGAGGAAGUGAAGAUUGUAAAGGAGUUGUUCCCCGAUUCUGCUUCCUACACCGACGUCUACUACAAACACAAUCUGCUUACCAACAAGACAGUCAUGGCGCACGGCUGCCAUCUGAGUGAUGAAGAGUUGGCCCUGUUCCGAGCCACUGGAGCUUCUUUGUCACACUGUCCUAACUCCAACCUCUCGUUGUGCAGUGGAUUCCUCAAUGUCCGUAAAGUCCUGAACCACAAAGUGAAGCUGGGCCUUGGAACAGACGUGGCGGGGGGAUACUCGGCCUCGAUGUUGGAUGCCGUGAGAAGAGCCUUGGACACGUCCAAAAUUUUGACCAUACAGGACCCUGAUCAUGAGACGCUCACCUUCGAGGAGGCAUUCAGGCUGGCCACACUAGGGGGCAGUCAAGCUUUGUCCCUGGAUGACCAAAUUGGAAAUUUUGAGGUGGGCAAAGACUUUGAUGCCCUGAGGGUGAAUGUUGCCGUUCCUGGCGGGCCCAUUGACCUGUUCCAGCAUGAGGAACCAAAGACUCUUCUGGAAAAGUUCUUGAAUUUGGGCGACGAUCGGAACAUAGUGGAGGUUUACGUCGCUGGAAGAGAGGUGGUCACAUCCUCAGAGUAG